UAAUUUCAUUAUAUCUCUGUUAUUUUCAACUGGGGUGCUAGUUUGAGCAAUUGGGUGAUCAUCAAAACCUUCAAUUUCCGUUAAAAAAAUGGUUAUUUGAGACUCAUCAGUGCGCAUGCCAUGGAUCUGGAAGGUGGAACUCGUCGACAGUUUGCCAAGAAAGAAUCAUGGAAAACGGUUCUGACUCUGGCAUAUCAGAGUCUUGGAGUUGUGUACGGAGAUUUGAGCAUUUCACCGUUGUACGUGUUCAGAAGCACGUUUGCUGAAGAUAUUGCGCACUCGGAGAGCAACGAAGAGAUAUAUGGGGUUUUGUCUUUGGUGUUUUGGACAAUAACUUUGGUUCCUUUGGUGAAAUAUGUGUUCAUAGUGCUGAAAGCUGAUGAUAAUGGUGAAGGAGGCACGUUUGCUUUGUACUCUUUGUUGUGUCGCCAUGCCAGAGUUAGUUCUCUACCCAAUUGUCAAGUGGCAGAUGAGGAACUCAUUGAGUACAAGAAGGAUUUCUAUGGUGUGGCCCCAGACAGGAGCUUUGCUUCUAGACUCAAGUCCACGCUUGAGAAGCACAAGGUUCUGCAAAGGGUUUUGUUGGUUCUGGCUUUGAUUGGGACUUGCAUGGUCAUUGGUGAUGGAAUCCUCACACCGGCUAUUUCUGUUUUCUCUGCUGUGUCUGGAUUGGAGCUUUCAAUGUCCAAGGAGAAUCACGCAUAUGUAGAGGUUCCAGCUGCAUGCAUCAUACUGAUAGGCUUGUUUGUCCUUCAACAUUAUGGCACGCACAGAGUUGGCUUCCUGUUUGCUCCUAUAAUUAUCACAUGGCUUUUCUGUAUCAGUGCCAUUGGAAUAUAUAAUAUAUUUCACUGGAAUCCUCAUGUAUACAAAGCACUCUCUCCAUAUUAUGUUUACCAACUUUUAAGGAAAACUCAGAAAGGAGGUUGGAUGGCCCUUGGUGGAAUUUUGCUGUGCAUAACAGGAUCAGAAGCCAUGUUUGCUGAUCUUGGGCACUUUACUCAAUUAUCAAUCAAGAUUGCUUUUACUUCUGUGGUUUAUCCAUCUUUAAUUCUUGCGUAUAUGGGGCAAGCUGCUUAUCUAUCUAGACAUCAUGUAAUUGAGCACGACUAUCACUUUGGAUUUUACGUAUCUGUACCAGAAAAAUUGAGAUGGCCUGUUCUGGUGAUAGCCAUACUUGCUGCAGUUGUGGGAAGCCAAGCCAUCAUCACUGGAACGUUCUCAAUUAUCAAGCAAUGCUCUGCAUUAAGUUGCUUCCCAAGAGUCAAAGUAGUUCACACAUCAUCUAAAAUUCACGGGCAAAUAUACAUCCCUGAGAUCAAUUGGCUAUUGAUGCUCUUGUGUUUGGCAGUAACUAUUUGUUUCAGAGACACAAAGCGCCUUGGUAAUGCCUCAGGUUUGGCAGUUAUCACAGUGAUGCUGGUCACCACCUGUUUGAUGUCACUUGUUAUUGUACUAUGCUGGCACCAGAAUGUCCUCCUUGCACUUGGCUUUGUUUUCUUAUUUGGAUCCAUUGAGGCUCUCUUCUUCUCAGCUUCUCUUAUCAAGUUCCUACAAGGAGCAUGGGUGCCUAUUGCAUUUGCACUUGUUUUUCUGACUGUCAUGUAUGUUUGGCACUAUGGCACCCUCAAAAAGUAUGAAUUUGAUGUUCAAAACAAGGUUUCCAUCAACUGGCUACUUGGCUUAGGUCCCAGCAUAGGCAUCGUUCGGGUGCGUGGGGUUGGCCUUGUACACACUGAGCUAGUAUCUGGAAUUCCUGUAAUAUUUUCUCACUUUGUAACCAACCUCCCAGCCUUCCAUCAGGUCCUAGUUUUUCUCUGUAUCAAACAUGUGCCGGUUCCACACGUUAGACCUGAGGAACGGUUUCUAGUUGGUCGUGUUGGUCCGAAAGACGUCAGGCUCUACAGGUGCAUAGUGCGAUAUGGAUACCGUGAUGUCCACAAAGAUGACAUUGAGUUUGAGAAUGAUCUUCUAUGCAGCAUAGCGGAGUUCAUACGCACAGAAAGUGCUGGAUUGAACUCUUCAAAUGAUGAGGAUGAAAAGGAUGAUAGAAUGGCAGUUGUAGGAACAUGUUCUACACAUUCUAUUUUGAUGAGUGAGGAUAAUGCUGAUAAUGUAGACUCAGAAGGGACAUCAGAACUAAGAGAGAUAAAGUCACCAAUUGUGAUCCAACAGAAGAAAAGGGUAAGGUUUUUGGUCCCAGAAAGUCCAAAGAUUGACACAGGUGCAAUGGAAGAGUUGGAGGAUGUGAUGGAAGCCAGGGAGGCAGGAGUAGCAUACAUUAUAGGACAAACAUACAUGAGAGCCAAACCAGGUUCUAGCAUGCUGAAGAAAAUAGUUAUUAAUUGUGUUUAUGAAUUCCUAAGAAGAAAUAGUAGGGCACCCUCCUUUGUCAUUGGGGUACCUCAUGCAUCAUCUCUAGAAGUUGGGAUGAUGUACCAUGUUUAAAGUUUUGGUUUCACAAAAGGGUAGAGCUAUCAUCAUCAUGUACAUGUCAUAUUACAUAUAGAUAGUCAAAGGCCUCAACCCAUCAAGUGCUGAUGGAAAAAUAGUAUACAAGUUUUGGUUUUUUUUGCCACC